AUGGGCAGUAUUAGCUUUAAAUAUGCAUCAGAGAUCGAUAGGCGUUCGUUGCCGGUCGGCAAAGACCCCCGCAAACCAGAUAAGCAAAAUCCAGCACCAUCAGCAAUUCCCCUCAUUCCGCAGUUCCGCUGUGGAGAUUUCGUUAUCUUCGCGUAUGACUCUCAGGCGCGAGUCGUUUCGGGCUCAGUCACUCUCGCGGAUCCACUGAAAGCAGAUUGCUUAAGCAACGCCGCAGCGCAGGCCUGUACAGGUCUGCAAACUAUCAAGAUGCGCAUUUCAACGGCCUGUAGAUCUGCUGCUAUCGUCUUUGCCUUGGGAAUCAAUGAUCACGCGAACAACGACACCGAGCAUGCCGUCAGUGAAAUCAUCACCUUGCGCAACAGCAUGGGCCGUCUACCAUUCCACUGGGCAGGGGUAGACUUGUACAAUGCAUGCCUUCUUCACGACAACAAUAUCAUGCCCUUCCCCCCCCCCGGCGGGCCGACUCGGAUAUUAAUUCAAAUUGCUUCUCGCCGACAUUUCUGA